CAAAACUUCGUUCACUCUUCAUUCUCUCUAUCGUUUUCAUUCUUCGAUCUCUGGAACACAAAAUCGAUCUUGUUCAAAUGACGUCAUCCAACGGCGAUAAUAAAGGUCUCGUCGUUAGCUUCGGCGAGAUGCUCAUUGACUUCGUGCCCACGGAAUCCGGCGUCUCCCUCUCUGAAUCCUCUGGAUUUCUCAAAGCUCCUGGUGGUGCUCCAGCAAACGUCGCUAUCGCUGUUUCCCGUCUCGGAGGUCGCGCCGCCUUCGUCGGAAAACUCGGGGACGAUGAGUUUGGCCAUAUGCUUGCCGGAAUCUUGAGAAAGAACGAUGUCGACGAUCAGGGGAUCAAUUUCGAUAAAGGAGCAAGAACCGCACUCGCUUUUGUGACUCUGCGUUCUGACGGAGAACGAGAGUUUAUGUUUUACCGGAAUCCCAGCGCCGAUAUGCUUCUCCGGCCAGAUGAACUCAACCUCGAACUAAUCAGAUCCGCGAAAGUGUUUCACUAUGGAUCAAUAAGUUUGAUUACAGAGCCAUGUAGAUCAGCUCACAUGAAGGCGAUGGAGGUGGCGAAAGAAGCUGGAGCUCUUCUUUCCUACGAUCCAAACCUCAGGGAACCUCUGUGGCCAUCCCCUGAAGAAGCUAGGAAACAGAUCAUGAGUAUCUGGGACAAGGCUGACAUUAUUAAGGUCAGUGACGUCGAGCUUGAGUUCUUGACAGGAAACAAAACGAUUGAUGAUGAGACAGCUAUGUCUCUGUGGCAUCCUAAUUUGAAGCUCUUGCUUGUUACACUUGGCGAAAAUGGAUGUCGUUACUACACUAAGGAUUUCCAUGGAUCUGUUGAAACUUUCCAUGUUGACGCUGUGGAUACUACUGGAGCUGGUGAUUCUUUUGUUGGCGCGCUUCUAAACCAGAUUGUUGAUGAUCAAUCUGUACUCGAGGAGGAAGAGAGAUUGAGAAAAGUGCUGAGAUUUGCAAACGCUUGUGGAGCAAUCACGACGACUAAAAAGGGAGCCAUUCCAGCUCUUCCUACAGAUUGUGAAGCUCUCAGUUUUCUUAAGAUACAAGUAGAAUAGUAAAACUUCUCUUCGAGUCCAGAAUUCUCCUUGUCUAUUGUAAUAAUCUGUUCUGGAUUCUUCCUGAUGAUUCUGAUCAUUUGUAAUGUUUUUUUUUUUUGGUUCUCUCUCUGUCUUUUCUUUUUCUUCUUCAUUGUAUUGAAUAAAAC